UCGGGUAAAUAAUUUUGGUUCACAGGCAGAUUGCUAACGUUAGAUAGCUAGGAUUGCUAUCAUCAUUUACAUAAAGCUUACUUUCUUAGKGCUUCCUUUCUAAGUGACRAUGAAAGUGURACGUAGUCCCCACUGUCUCUGAAAGACAAGCACUGCAGAAGAAAAUUGUUGUAUGCUUUCUCCUGGAUGUUGUGAUUGGAUUUGAAUCAGUAAGUUUUAUAUCCAAUGAAAGCAAGGGGGUUAACGAAUGAAUUGAACAAUAUUCUGGCAAUAUUCUAGUGAUAUUUCCACAGUUGUGGUCUUGAAGUAAAAUCCCAAUUACUCAAAUGUCCGAGACAGAGACAAGACCGAAUGCAAAUGUGGUAGAGUCGAGACAAGGCCAUCAAAAAGUCAAGAUGAGAUCUCGAGUACUACGACACAAUUGUGGACAUACACAAACUGAGUGUGACAUUUUGCAAUAUUGCAUUAGAUUAUUUUAAAGGUUUGACCAAAAACUUGAGGAUUUUAGCCUAAAACUUGAGCAUGAAAGGAAAUGUGUGAUAUGCAUUUCUUUCAUUUUUAAGUAUUUUAUUAAAAACAAACUUUUUUCCCCACCUGUUUCUAAUUGGUUUAGCUACACGGGUAUCACAAACACCUUUCAUGUGUUUUUCUUUAAAGAUCUGUUAAUAUUUAUCUCGAUUCAAAUGAAAUAUAGUGACUCAGAUAAGCAGCAAAUGCAUAGGACAAACAGGAUAAAUGCCCACAUAUGGAUGACAGAAAACAGGGUGUGUCUCUUUGGGGAAUGCAUAAAAAGAGCUGCAGCAGUUGUGUGAAACUGUGACUGGCUGAUGUGCAUCUCUGUAUGCUGGUUCCUCUAAUUCUGUCGGGGGGUGAACUCCUGAGGAGCGGAUGAAGAAACAAAUUUUGCUGCUGUUUGCAUUCAGAGGAUUAUUAAGCAAAGGGAAAAAGGGCAAAAAAAGAAAAUGGCCAACAUUAUAUUACGGCCGGCUGAACCAAAGGAUGUAUCCGAUAUCUUGCGACUCAUAAAGGAACUUGCUAAAUUUGAGGAGAUGGAGGAGAAGGUCAUGCUCACUGAGAAAGAUCUGCUUGAGGAUGGUUUUGGWGAUCAGCCCUUCUAUCACUGCUUGGUUGCUGAAGUCCCAAAGGAGCAGAGCUUAGAAGGCUAUUCUGUGAUUGGCUUUGCAAUGUACUACUUCACCUAUGACCCUUGGAUUGGAAAGCUUCUCUACUUGGAGGACUUCUAUGUGAUGCAGGAGUUUCGAGGUCUUGGCGUCGGCUCUCAGAUCCUAAAAGUGCUGAGCGAGAUUGCGGCGAAGACCCGCUGCAGCAGCAUGCAUUUCAUCGUAGCCGAAAACAACAAGGAGUCCAUCGAGUUCUACAAGAGGAGGGGUGCGGCCGAUCUGUCCUCGCAGGAGGGUUGGCGCCUUUUUGCGAUCGGAAAGGAGGGGCUGCUGAAAAUGGCUAAGAAAUAGGAGUUUACUGAUUCGCACAUGCAUUUUGGCAACAGCAACAUUAAUGUUCCAUCUGCUUGGAGAUGUUGCACAGUUUUAAUACACCUGUUUACCUUUGAUAACAACCAGUUCCUGCAACUACAGUAUAAGCUCAUGUAUAAUAAAAACAAACUGAAAUCACCAAAAAAAUAUUAAGGUA